UUCAAAUGUACACGCCCUUUUUUUGGUUGGCCCAACAAAUUAACCAGAGUUUACCUUUAACUCAACUCUGGUUACAACUUACCAUUUUCUGCAUGAUCGCGCUUUUACAGUCGAUCUGUACUUGCAUGGCCAUGCCAAAUAUAUAUACGUGCAUAACAAUCGGAGAGUACAAUUUACAGUCAAAGCGAAGCUAGUAAGGGAGGCGAUUCGAUGGCGUUGGCGCACCACCUCCUCCGUCGCUCUCGGGCCUCCGCCGUCUUCAACUUGCAGCUGAUGAUCCCCACUCUCUCUGCGGCUCAGCCUCACGCGCGUCAGUCCCACCUCCCUCUCCCUCUCCCUCUCCCUCUCCUUCUCCCGUUUGCCCCAACUCGCACUUUCUCCUCUCACACUCCCUGUCUCGAUCGACUCGGUCUCGGAGUCGUCCCAGCUGAAUCGGCGGCAACUCAGUCGACAGGGGUUUUGAAUUCUGGUGCCGAAAAGUCGCUGCUUCCAAUUGACGAGCUGAUUUCGAUGCUCGACUGGUUCCAUCAGCUCACCGGCUUACCAUGGUGGGUAGUAAUUGCUUUUUCAACUUUGGCUAUGAAAAUGACUGUGCUCCCCAUUCGUAUGCUGCAAAUUAACAAGUUGACAAGGAUUGCACGGUUACUUCCCAAAUUGCCUCCUCCCCUGCCACCACCCUUCUCAGGAAAGAGUUAUAUGGGUCAAAUGUCUCGAUUUUACAAGAAAAGCAAGGCAGUAGGAUGUCCCUCAUUUCUAUGGAUCCUUGCAUACCCCAUAGUCCAUGCUCCCUGCUUUAUCCUGUGGCUCAAUACUACUAGGAACAUGUCACUUGAUAAUCAUCCCGGGUUUGAUAGCGGAGGCACUUUAUGGUUCCAAAACUUGACAGAAACUCCCCAUAGUGUUUUAGGCCUCGUCCUUCCUUUCAUGAUUGCUGGUUUGCACUUUGCUUCCGUUCAGAUUUCUUUCCCGACGGUUGGAGAAAGGACGGACAUGUAUGGUUUAAUGGGAAAAUACUACCAAGAUUACUUGGUUUUCUUGACCGUGCCUAUAUUAUGUGUCAGCUGCACUAUGCCUCAGGGAAGCCUCGUCUUUUGGGGUACGAGUAGCUUACUAAGCAUCAUCCAGAAAUUAACUCUCGAAAAUCCUGCUGUGCGGGCAAAGUUGCGGUUUCCAGGCAUAGAUGCUCCUACAGGCGCUGCAAACUCUGAGGAUUUGAGUACUCGCGAAAUAUCGCCCUUGUCUUCUCCUACAAGAAUGAAGACAAUAAAUUUACACAACCUGUCCCCUAUUGAGCUUCUUAAUCUUUCAGUCCUAGUCUUAUCACGGGGAGAUACAGAUAGAGCACUUCAUAUGCAAAAACUUGCGCUUGAGAAGGAUCCUGAAAAUGUAAAAGCAUUGAUUAUCACGGGUCAGACCUUGUUGAAGAAAACUUUGAAUGCAGAGGCUACUGAAUACUUCGAGCGUGCCCUCACCAAGCUCUUCAGUGCUGGCCGGCCGACGGGAGCGGAGGACGUUGAUCUUCUAAUUAUUGCAUCUCAGUGGACUGGAGUAGCCUACAUACGGCAGGGAAAAGCUGCGGAAGGGAUGGUACACCUUGAAAGAGUUGCAAAAAUGGAAGUGCCAGAUGAACCAAGAGGCAAAGCUCAUUACUAUGACGCUCUCCUGUUGCUUUCAAGCUUUUUGGCCAAUGUGGAUCGCAAGGCUGAAGCUUUGAAGUAUCUGCGGAUGGCUGCUGCUUACAAUCCUGAUUACAAUGAAUACAUAGAGCAAUACGAAAAGGAAGACGAAGACAACAGUCCCGUGAGCAACACAGCGAAAAUCCAGCAAGACGAGACAAGGUUGGGCAGUAAGAAGAGAGGAUCAAGAAAAAGAAGAAAUAAGUAGCUAGCACAGUAACUGGUCACCAAGUUCAUCUUACUUAAGCAGCUUCCGGCUUAAAGUUUGUAAUAAGCUAAUCACUUUGCAUUAACAUGCUGUAACUGUUAAGACUCCACAAGCAACUAUUUCACACGAGUAACUAAUAAAUCAAUUAAAUUAUAUCCA